AUGCCCGCCCAAACUGGUAACGAUUAUCAUUGCACCGACAGCGUGAAGACACCAAACAUCAAUAAGCGGGGUCGGGUCGGUCAUGUGCACGGGUCUGAGCUGAUGGGGGAAGGCACGCCAACACGCACGUAUGUCGCCCCCAGCCCUGUCGUCACAACUGACGCAGUGAAGGCCGAAGCUGGUGGUGGACCUGGCAUGGCGUCCGCCGCUGCAGCGCCUGACGUGGCAGUCAUUGCUCAACUCCUCCUCCAAGUGCUGGGAGGUGCCGGCUCUUUGGUUGAAGCUGCAGUACCUGGGUUCAACACUAGGGAGCAAGGUGGUGCAGCGGCUGAGCUGAUUGCCGUCAUGCAGAGGCUCCGGUCAGCAACCACGCCAGUAGAGGCCUCGAUGGGGAGGGAGAGGACAACACCUGCUACAGCGACAACAGGGAAGAAAAACACUGCUGCUUCCCCUGAGUCAGCACGAAUCAGUGACGUUGUGGAUGCAGGGACCCCGGCUGCUGUCGCGGCGGAAGGCAGGUCGUUACGCCGGGGCGGCAAAGCAAAGGGCGCCAGCUCUGGAGAACAUACGGCGGCCAGAGGCGGGGAGCUGACGAAGGGACUGAACUGUGGGCUUUGGAAGAAUCCCCUGGAGCAAGACAACAUGGUGGAAGAGCGGUACGGGCCUGUUCAGGCCCCUUUCCAGCAUUCCCUCAUCUUCCUGAAGGGAAUCACCUCCCCUCCCUCCAGAAUGUUCAACGGGGGGGUGGAUUCAGCCGAGCAGGGAGGGACCGAACAGAACCCUAGCAGUUGCCACCAGGACGCUGGCAGGGUAGUCAGUGCUUUCACCGCCAACCUCGCUGGACCGUUUCCCGAGCAGCCGUGA